AUGCCGGCAGGAGGACAAGCCAGCAUCCCUUGGUGGCGCUGUCGUGGCAGCACAGGCAGCUGGUGUGAGCAGCCCAAUGCCAGCACCCCUGCCAGUCGCGGUGGCGUGACCCGGAAGCCAGCCCUCCGAAAAAUGAUUCUUCUGACUGUAGUUUUCCUCUUGGCUACUGUUCCGUACCAAUCUCUAGGAGAGGAGGAUGAAGAAGAGAGUGAGGACUCAACAUUGAAACGGAAAUUAAGGCAUCAACAGGAAAUUAUGGGCAAACACAAUGAAAUCAGGAGAAAUGUGGAUCCACCUGCUGAGAAUAUGCUGAAAAUGGUAUGGAACGAGACAAUCGCUGAGAGUGCUCAGAACUGGGCCGAUGAAUGUAGUCUAAACAUCAGUUCCGUGGAGAAGCGAACUUUAAAUGGAAUGAUGUGUAGCGAGAACAUUUUCUAUACAAAUUACCUGACCACCUGGACCAAAGCUAUUGAGGCAUGGGAGAAAAGAAAAGAUUUUUUCAAAUAUGGUGUUGGGCCAACUGACACAAGUAGAAGCAUUGCUAGCUAUACUCAGCUUAUUUGGUAUAGUUCAUACCAGGCUGGAUGUGGAGUUGCAUUGUGCCCACGCGAGAAUGAUUUCUACUUCUAUGUCUGCCAAUACUGCCCAGCAGCGAACCGGGAAGACCUGCUGGCUAAACCUUACAAAAAGGGCCAGUCAUGCAAAGCCUGCCCUGAUGCUUGUGAGGAUAAACUCUGCAAAAUGCUUCUUUCGACCGUUCUCCUGCUCUUGGCCGCUGUGGUACACCAGUCUCUAGGAAAGGCUGACCUAUCAUCAGGAAGUGGUGUCUCUCCAGAGGUCCGGAAGGAAAUUGUCGACAAACACAAUGACUUGAGGAGCAACGUGGAUCCGACAGCCAGCAAUAUGCUGAAAAUGGUCUGGAAUGACGACAUCGCUGUGAAUGCGAAAAACUGGGCUGAUCAGUGCAAAUUAACUAUCAGUCCCCAAGAGCAGCGAACUAUAAAUGGACUAGUAUGUGGUGAGAAUAUAUUCUUGGCCAGUUAUCCCAGCCCCUGGUCAAAUGUAAUCCAAGUGUGGUAUAAUGGAAAAUCCAAUUUCAAGUAUGGUGUUGGGGCUAUUGACUCAAAGAAGAGCAUUGCUGGUUUUACCCAGAUUGUUUGGUAUAAUUCAUACCAGAUUGGGUGUAGUGUUGCCUAUUGCAAAGAUAAGGGUUACCCUUACUUCUAUGUCUGCCAGUACUGCCCUGCAGGGAAUAUGGUAAACCAAAUGGCAACACCCUACAAAAAAGGUACACCAUGCGGAGACUGCCCUAACAACUGUGAGAAUAAACUCUGCACCAACCCCUGCAAGUACAACGAUCUUAUCUCAAACUGCCAACAGAUGAAAAAUCUGUUCAGCUGCAAAGAGCAAUUGUUGAUUGAGAAAUGCCAGGCCUCCUGUAACUGUGCAACCGAAAUUAAAUAA